AUGUCGCUGAGCGCGCCCGCCCAGGCGGUGCGCGGGACUAGGACCAAUAGUCUCGAUCAACUCGACUUCCAAGAGCGCAGGCAGCUGAUCGCGAGCUCGUUGUCCCUCACAGACUUCCUGCACGUCGGAGCAAAAGAAGUCGCCGCCGUCGCUGCCAAAAAACAAAAUGGUACGGCGGUGCGAACGAAUAGCCUGGGCUCAGGUGCACGCACCCCUCCUGCGGAGCGAACAAAGUCAAAGUUCUCAGCCUUUGGUAGACUCUUUAAGCCCUGGAAGUGGAAACGGAAAAAGAAGUCGGAAAAAUUUGAAGCAGCUUCUAGAACAUUAGAGAGGAAGAUAUCCGUCCGAGCGAAUAGAGAUGAGCUAGUGCAAAAGGGGAUUCUCCUGCCGGAGAGCCCAGUCACCCCCGUCCCUGAAGCAAACGAGGAGUCAUCGCCUGUGUACGGCGAGGAGGCGCGUGGGGAGACUGGUGGCAGUAUGGGCAGUAUGGGUGGCAUGGGUGGCAUGGGUGGCGGGGGCGUGGGAAUGGGGGGCGUGCACGCAGCGCUGCAGGCGCAACUGGCCUCGCAACUCGCGCAGCAGGCUCAGCAGGCGGCACUGGCAGCUGCCGUCGCGGCAGCCGCUGCCGCACACCACCACCACCAGAACAACAACGUCAUUGCCGUGCGCCGUGAAUUGGUGAGGCUUGCGGGCAAUGGCGGUUUAAAGUUGGAGGGGUGGCAGGGGCUGUGGAAGUUCGGCGUAACGCGGGGAGCGGGGCGGGGGGAGUCGUCGGACGGGGGCGCGGGGUUGGGGGGUGGGGGCGUUCAGGCGGCGUGCGGCGCGCGCCUCAGUGCUGGCCCGCCCGCGCCCGCGCCCGCCGCGCCGCCGAGCCGUCGACCGCACUCGGCGCCGCAUGCAUCCCCGUGCCCACUGUCCACCGUCGCCCGCCACUCUCUAGCCCAUACCACGGCCGUCGGGCAUAGCUCCCUCGCGUCGUAUUCUCGUCCGCAA